CAUCCAAACGAGACUUUAGCCGCAUAGACACAAUCGUUCCCCCGCAUCGUUUAUUAUCCAGCUUCGCACUUUUUCCCCGGUCUAGGGUUUUCUCAUUCAUUGUCAAAAAAGUGGGUUUUCUCCUUUCUUUCCUAUCCACAAAGCUUAUUCGAAUUUCGAUAUCGGAAUUAGGGUUCCGCCCCUGUUGUGGUUGAAAUUCGUCGUUCUCCGAUCAAAACAAAGUCAAAUCUCCCCUCAGUCACGUCGAUCUUGAUCUUGAUAUUAGGGUUUCGUUUUCGAUUUUGAAAUUCAUUUCGCUUCAAAACCAUGGCGGCUCUGAAGGAGCUUCUUCCUCAACCGAAAUCAUCCUCAACAACUUAUUACGAUCACAGCAACGAUCCAUGGUUCAAACAACGAUUCACCGCUUCAGAAGAGGAAAAAUCCUCUACGAAGAGGAAAAAUCCGGCGGUCAAGCCAAAGGCGGUGCCACCGUAUCUAAAGCGUUCCGGUUUCGUCCCUCGAAAAGUAGAGGAUUUCGGCGAAGGUGGAGCUUUCCCGGAGAUCCACGUAGCACAAUACCCACUGGAUAUGGGAAGAAACAAGUCCUCAAAGCCAGGUUCAAAGAUUCUUCCAGUAACUGUCGACGCUCACGGAAACGUCGCUUACGAUGCCAUAGUGAAACAAAACGAGAACGCUAAGAAAAUCGUUUACACACAGCAGAAAGACUUGAUCCCGAAGAUUCUGAAAAACGAUGAAGAUGAUGACGAGGAUGUUGACGAUGACGAUGCUCAACAAGAGAUCGAUGAAAUUACGCAGGAAACUAAAGCCGCACUUGAGAAGAUAGUUAACGUGAGACUCAGCGCAGCACAACCCAAAAACGUUCCCAAACAUUCUUCUGAUGCGAAGUAUAUAAAGUAUAAACCUUCACAACAGAAUGCGGCAUUCAAUUCCGGUGCGAGGGAGAGGGUUAUUAGGAUGGUUGAGAUGCCUGUGGAUCCACUUGAGCCUCCAAAAUUCAAGCACAAGCGUGUUCCCAAGGCUUCCGGUUCGCCCCCGGUGCCAGUGAUGCAUUCCCCUCCUAGGCCUGUUACUGUGAAAGAUCAACAGGAUUGGAAGAUACCUCCUUGUAUUUCAAAUUGGAAGAAUCCUAAGGGUUACACAAUUCCUCUUGACAAGCGUCUAGCUGCUGAUGGGAGAGGUCUUCAGGAGGUUCAGAUUAAUGACAAUUUCGCCAAGCUUUCAGAGGCUUUGUAUGUCGCGGAGCAGAAAGCUAGAGAAGCUGUUGCUAUGAGGUCUAAGGUUCAGAAGGAGAUGCUUUUGAAGGAGAAGGAAAGGAAGGAACAGGAGCUGAGGGCUUUGGCUCAGAAAGCGCGGUCGGAGAGAAUUGGCGUGCCCCCUCCGGCUGCUGCUUUUCCGGUUGCAUCUGACAGGAGUGGUGUAGAUGAUGGUGAUAUGAGAGUUGAUUAUGAGCAUAGGGAUACGAGGGAUAGGGAAAGGGAAAAGAAUUUUCCGAAGGAGAGUAGGGAAGAAAGAGAGGAGCGGUUGCAACGUGAGAAGAUUCGUGAGGAAAGGCGAAAGGAGAGAGAGAGGGAGAGGAGGUUAGAGGCUAAGGAUGCUGCCAUGGGAAAGAAGAGCAAGAUUACUAGAGAUAGGGAUCGUGAUAUAAGUGAGAAAGUUGCUCUUGGUUUGGCUUCUACUAAGCAAGGGACAGAGGUCAUGUAUGAUGAAAGACUAUUCAACCAGGAUAAAGGAAUGUCUUCUGGAUUUGCCACUGAUGACCAGUAUAAUGUGUAUGACAAAGGCUUGUUCACUGCACAGCCAACACUUUCCACCUUGUACAGGCCGAAGAAGGAUCUUGAUAACGAGGCUUAUGGAGGUGCAGAUGAGCAGCUGGAGAAGAUUAUGAAGACUGAACGCUUUAAGCCUGACAAAGGAUUUGCAGGGGUUUCCGAAAGGUCAGGUCCGAGGGAUAGGCCCGUUGAGUUUGAGAGUGAAGAAGCUGAUCCAUUUGGUCUUGAUCAGUUCUUGACCGAGGUUAAGAAGGGUAAGAAGGCCAUGGAAAAUGUAGGUGGGGGAGGGACUAUGAGAGCUAGUGCCGGAUCUUCAAUGCGGGAUAGUUCGGAUGGAGGUUCUGGCAGGACUCGCAUUGGAUUCGAAAGAGGGCGUUAAGCAGAUCAGGGCUAAUGACUUAUUGUUAUCGUGCUUAGGUUGGUAUGCUUUGAUGUGGAUGGUAAGGAUAAUGUGGUUCAGUUUGUACUUACUUUUUGUCACCCUCCCCUAGGGAUCAUUAUAGGUGGUGAAAUGAACUUGUAUUUUGUUUUAAAACUUCACAUGAGUUUAAGGUAUUUAUCUUUCCAUGGAGUUAUAUUGAGUGAUGUGCAAUGUUUUUUUAAUGCAAUGUAACUGGUAGUUUAAAAUGUACUCAAUGAGUUAUCGAGGCUUUUAAUAACUGAUUACCAGAUAAUACAUUUGCUUGCUGCUAUUGUUGUUGGAUGUAUGCCAUUGAAGGGCUAUUAUGUUAGGUACUGAGGAUAUUGAUCACUAGUAGUUUGUCCAAUUAUGGUACUGGUAAUUGACGGUGUACUAAUAUUACAGCUGCAGAGACUAGAGUGGAACUGCUGUCUAGUCUUUCUGUUCCCAAGUUAUGGUUCUGAUGGCUCUCUAUUAGAAUGAAUUGUAAUUGAUUAGCUUCAAAUUUAUGUACUCAAUGAGUUGUUUUUUCA